AUGGCGAAUAAUACUAUGGGCACUUGUCCUAUAGGUGGCCUGAGACCAACCUUCCUCGGAUGCUGCACCAGUAACCCAUGCAACGGCAAAGGCUGUCCAGCAACUGAUCUUCGAGCAGCAGGACUCGGACUUGGACUUGGACUUGGAGAAGAAGUGUCACUUAGUCUCGGCUCUUAUUGGCCGAAUGUUUAUUGUUCUUCUGGAACUUGGUGGAUAUGUGCAAGCCAUAACCCUUCUUUUCAAGGUUGCUGUGAUAGCAAUCCAUGUUUUGGAAAUGCUACUAGAUGUCCCCAAUCUGAACUACAUCCUGCUGCUUUCAAAUCUGUGACUACUGCUUCGACUUUUCCGGGUUCGCAAAAUACUACUUUCCGAACGCUUACCCUCCCGAUGGCUACCUUUUCAACCGCUACCUUCCCGGCGGCGACUAUUUCUGGAGCAAUCACUACUGACCAGCCUCCGAUAUCAGGAUAUACAGGAUCAUCGAGGACCAUUCCUUGGAACACGAUAGCCUGCGCAACGCAAACUUCUUCGAACUACACAAAUUCGAAAAACGAACCUACAACAGCAUCGAACCUCUACUUUCAUACAUCCAGUACAUCACUCCCCACCGAAACUGGAUCAUCGAACACGUCAUACACGUAUCUUAGCAAUACUAGCAACAACGGUAAUGGUAUGGUAGCUGGACCCACUACAGUGACUAUAACAUCAAUAUCCACCUUUACAGCCGUCCGAAUCUCAGUGUAUAGAGUACCUUACAGUUUGUUAGACUCUACUUAUUCCUCGAUUUCCUCACCUUUACCCACAAACACAAUACUUUACACUUCAAGCUCCCUCGAAUCCACAUCUAUCCCAUCUCCUCUCCACGCAGCCGUCUCUACAUCACUACCACCUGCCACCGGCGCCACUCUUCCAUCCGGUACCACCGCCGACUCAAAACUUGUCGCUUGGGGAGCCACGGGCGGUAUCGCUUUUAUCUUCAUCUUUACUUUUGUAUCCUGGUGGAUACGACAUCGCAAGAAGAGAAUCAACAAUAACGAGAAGACAAUCACGAGCUUCUCAUCAUUUGCCUGGCUACCAUGGAGAAAGAGAAAGAAGGACCUUCCCAGAACAUCCCUUUCUACUUAUCCCUUCAAAGGAAUGGCACCUUCUACAUCGGUCAACAAUGAAGAAGUGGUUAAUGAGACAUGGUCUGCUAGUUUGAGAGAUUAUCGAAAUCUUGGGGAUAUGAUGACUGCGGCGAGAUAUGAUUCACAUUCGCGAAACGUAAUACCACCACAUCUAUCCGGAUAUGAAUCAAACUAUUCACAACCAUUCCAAUCGCAAACUCGACAUACGUCUGAAUGUACAAAUCCUGUUGGAGUGGGCAUAGAUAGGAAUUCUUUUGGUCAAAGAAUGGUGCAGAGGGGUUGGGAUGGAAUUGAUCUGCAAAAUGAUUAG